AGCGUACAUUCCUUCCGCCACCCUUCCUUAUCCCAUCCCGACCAGUACAUCUCCCUUACCCCCUUACCUCUUAACUUAAACAAUGAAGUCUGCUAUCUCGUUCGUUGCUCUGUUCGCCGCGGUUGCCUUCGCCGCCCCUGUUGAGGACAUGUCCAGCCUGAUGUCUGUCCAGACCUCCUCCGCUGUUGAGAGCAUCACCAGCAUGAUCUCUUCUGAGACCACCUCUGUUAUUGAGAGCAUCACCAGCACUCUUCCUUCCGAGACCACCGAGGAGACCACCACCGAGGAGACUACCGAGGAGACCACCACUGAGGCACCACCGAGGAGACCACCACUGAGGGCCACCACUGAGGAGACCACCACCGAGGCUACAUCUGAGGAGGCCACUGAGGCUACAUCUGAGGAGACCACCGAGGCCACUUCUGAGGAGACCACUGAGGCUACCUCUGAGGUCACCUCUGAGGCCCCUGUUGAGUCCUCGGACGCCCCUGUUGAGUCCUCGGAGGAGCUCACUGAGUCAUCGGAUGCCCCUGCUGAGUCCUCUGAUGUUCCUGUCGAGUCGUCGGAUGCCUCUGAGUCGUCGGAUGCCCCUGUCGAGUCCUCGGACGCUCCUGCUGAGUCGUCAGAGGAGCCCACUGAGUCGUCGGAGGAGCCCACUGAGUCGUCGGAGGAGCCCACUGAGUCGUCGGAGGAGCCCACUGAGUCGUCGGAUGCCUCUGAGUCCUCGGACUCCCCUGUUGAGUCCUCUGAUGUCCCUGUUGAGUCGUCGGAUGCCUCCGAGUCCUCGGAGGAGCCUACUGAGUCCUCGGACUCUGACUGCGAGUCCAGCAUUGCCUUGGAUGUCGAGUCUUCCACCGACCCGUGCGAGCCCACUACCUACACCACCACCUACACCACCACUCCUUGCCACGAGUGCGAGCCAACCACUGUCACCGAGACCAUCACCGAGACCCCGACCUCGUCGGAGGAGGAGUCGUCGGAGGAGUCGACCACCCCGUGCGAGCCCACUACUGUCACCGAGACCAUCACCACCACUCCUUGCGACGAGUGCGAGCCAACCACCAUCACGACCACCUACACCGUGACCCCGACCACCACCGAGGUCCCGUCGUCGGUCGAGCCUACCUCGGAGACCACCCCGUGCGAGCCCACCACCGUGACUGAGACCAUCACUACCACCCCGUGCCACGAGUGCGAGCCGACCACCAUCACCACCGUCUACACCGUGACCCCGACCACCACCGAGGUCCCGUCGUCGGUUGAGCCCACCACUGAGGUCGAGACCACCACCACCCCGUGCGAGCCGACCACCGUGACCGAGACCAUCGAGACCACCCCGUGCCCUGAUUGCGAGCCCACUACCGUCACCACCGUCUACACCGUGACCCCGACCACCACUGAGGUCCCGUCCUCGGUUGAGCCUACCUCGGAGGUCGCUCCCACCACCACCCCGUGCGAGCCGACCACCGUCACCCAGACCAUCGAGACCACCCCGUGCCCUGAUUGCGAGCCCACCACUGUCACCACCGUGAUCAUCUCCACUCCGUCGUCGGUCGAGCCCACCUCUGAGGUCGCCCCUACCACCUCGGUCCGCAAGUGCCGCAUCGUCACCCUCAACUAAGCUGGUCAUUGCGACUACUCCGUUUUGAGCAGACUCUGAGCGUCUCUAUGUAGCAUCUUUGUUUCUUUUAAUAUCUU